AACCUUCUUGUGCCAUUGCAACUUGGCGCGUGGUAUCACAGAGGUGCGGAGGAGGCUUUGUUAAAUUUACAGAAGUUGAAAGGGAACAAAACCGAUAGAUGCAGUUUUCUCUCCAACUAAAGUAUGAGCUGGGAAUAGGAAAGAGUUCCCCUUUCCAUUUGCACGGGCGGGAAGGAGGACUGGUUAGAGUGUCGCAUAUAGCUCUUCAUAGUUUUGUUAGGGUUUAAGUGAUACCUGUUUACUUACUGAGUUGUGCUGUGUUUCUGCCGCAGGAAUAGCAGGUGUACACCCAAGGCACUUUGCCUACCAUCCUCUUGGAGCUCUUUUAAGCACUUGUCAGUGGGAGACCAGUCUCGAAAGCAUACGUGGAAGUACCUGGUGUCCAUUUCUCGUAGUUGAAUGAAGUGAACCAAAGCAGCCAGUUUAUUUUUUUUUAAGGGGAAAUUGUGAGGGCGAGCACUUGUUUCAGCAGUGUGCGGGUGGCUCUGUGCAUGUUGAGAAAUUCAUAUCUGGCUUCUUAUUUUCAGGAGGAUCUUGAAGCCCUGAUAGCAGAAUUCCAGAGUUUAGACGCUAAAAAGACCCAAGUAAUUGAGACAUCCUGCCCACCCCCCUCACCCAGGCUGAACGGCUCCCUGUCUGCUCACCCUGAGAAAGAUGAAUUGAUCCUUUUUGGAGGUGAAUAUUUCAAUGGCCAAAAAACGUACCUGUAUAAUGAACUGUACGUUUACAGCAUCCGAAAGAACAGCUGGACUAAAGUAGAAGUCCCCAACCCACCCCCUAGGCGAUGCGCUCACCAGGCAGCAGUGGUGCCCACAGGCGGAGGGCAGCUGUGGGUGUUUGGUGGAGAGUUUGCAUCUCCCAACGGGGAGCAAUUUUACCAUUACAAGGAUCUCUGGGUCCUGCAUUUGGCUACCAAGACCUGGGAGCAAGUCAAGGCAUCAGGAGGACCCUCUGGAAGAAGUGGACAUCGAAUGGUUGCUUGCAAAAGACAGCUGAUUGUCUUUGGAGGUUUCCAUGAGAGCGCAAGAGAUUAUAUCUAUUACAACGAUGUGUACGCCUUCAACCUGGACUCCUUCACGUGGAGCAAGCUGGCUCCGUCAGGGAUUGGGCCUGCUCCGAGAUCUGGAUGUCAAAUGGCUACCACUCCUGAGGGCAGCAUAAUCAUCUAUGGGGGCUACUCCAAACAGAGAAUUAAGAAAGACGUUGACAAGGGCACGCUGCAUACAGAUAUGUUCCUACUGAAGACUGAAGGUUCAGGCAAAGAGGAAGCGGACAAGUGGGCAUGGAGUCGGCUAAACCCCUCUGGAGUGAAACCUGCUCCCAGGUCCGGCUUCUCUGUGGCGAUCAGUCCUAGUAACCGCUCCCUUCUGUUUGGAGGUGUGCAUGAUGAGGAAGAGGAAGAGAGCAUUGAAGGGGACUUCUUCAACGAUAUUUAUUUCUACGAUAUGGGGAAAAACCGCUGGUUUCCUGGGCAGCUAAAGGGACCAAAGUCAGAGAAGAGGAAACGAAGACGUGGCAGACAAACUGAGGCAGAGGGGGCAGGAGAUGAGAUGGAGAAGCAACCUCCACAAGGCCCAAUGGAGAUAGUCAAAGAAGUGGUGGCAGAAGAUGGGACUGUCAUGACAAUCAAGCAGGUGAUCUCUGGGCCUGGAGAAGAGAGAGAGAGAUCGGAAUCGGAGGAGGAGGCGGAGGAAGAUGGAGCCUUGGGCCAACAAGUGGAGCCAUGCCCGCGUUCCAAUGCCAUGGUGGCUGUGAAGCAUGGGGUUCUCUAUGUGUAUGGGGGAAUGUUUGAGGUGGGCGAUCGCCAGUUCACUCUCAGUGACCUCUACAGCAUCGAUCUGCACAAAAUGGAAGAAUGGAAAGUGUUAGUGGAGAUGGAUCCAAAAGCACAAGAAUGGCUGGAGGAGUCAGAAUCUGAUGAUGAUGAUGAUAUGGAAGGUGCAGAGGGAGGGGAAGAGGAAGAGGAGAGCUCUGAAGAGGAGAGUGAAGAUGAGGAAGGAGGAGAGCAGCACCCAUCUGUUCAGCCUGAUGAGAAGCAAGCAGACUAUCUGUCCAGGACGGAGCAGUAUUGGAUUAAACUAGCCCGCAGCAACAUGGGCUCAGAUGCCAAGGAGAAGAAGGUGGCGAAAGUUGCGCAUGCCAUGGCAAAGGCGUUCUAUGAAGAUUCAGUCUAGAUGUUGAGGCUGGUUCUGUGUGAGUGCAGAAACAUGCUGGGAGUGCUGAUUAGCCCCACUGAACCAAGCAGUUCAGCCUGAUGUGCCAGGCAGUUGAUGCGACCAGCAGGCUUUCUGGUACUCCGGCUUGUCCGCUCCAUUCGAGCGCCCCUGGGCUGACCAGUCUCAAUAUGCCUGCUUGGUUAAUGCUCUGAAUAUGCCGUUAUUCCCCUAGAGGUUGUGGAAGGGUCUAGGGGAACAUGAUGGCUGUCCAAGCACUUGUUCUGUUGAGGCUUGAGUAUACAAUACUGUUAUUUUUUUUGUUUCAAAAGUUAUUUUGAGUUAGUGAAGACAAACUGCACAUUGCAAUGGUUUUCUAGUCUGAAAUUCGCCCCCUAACUGGGGCCUGAACUUGUCUCCAACGGUUUCUAUAAUAAACUUACUUGGUUACAUCAUCUUGGUUUUCUCUGUGAAUCCCAUCCUAGGUUAUCUUUCUCCUUUGCUCUGUGGAAGAGGAGUCACUGCCCCUCUGUCAAAUAUGCAGGCAGUGGUUGUAAGAUGCACCAGUAGCCCUGAGAUGUCACCACGCUGCCUGGAGAAACCCGGGGAUCCUUUUGUACCUUGUCUGUGUGAGAGCUACUGUAACCCCUGAUGAAGUUUCUUCCUUUUUAGCAUUAGAUGUAGCAACUUUGGCCUUGGCUUGUGGAAGCCCGCAGUUCAAUUUCUCGCAUGUUAGCCAAGAAAGCAGUAGUCCUACAAAUGAACCCUUUAUGACCAGUGAAAUGUCCUGCCUUGAGACCUGAUGGUGUGCUGAGGCCAGGAGGGACUGGUCUGACACUCUCAAAGGCUGUUUUUCCCCUGUUCCCUGACACGGCCCCUCUCCUCAAGGCAUCGCUUUCUUUGCAGCAGAGUGUUGCUGUAGUCCAUAGGGACAACAGAUGGGCUACAAGCAUGUCUGUUGCAGCAAACGAGUGAUGACUUGAGUUGACACCAGAAGGCACUGGCUGUCCUUGUGCAGAGAAAUUGAGGGUGCCACGGGUAUUGUUUUGGCAGGGACUUCACCAGGAAGCCAGCUCUCAGGAGAGCAGCGCUAGGUUCUGCAAGGCUAAUUAGAAAGUAAUAAAGAUUAAAUAGAGCAGGCUACCCAUGUGAUUUAAUUGUCAAGAUAAAAACAUGUUUGAUAAGGAGGUUUCUUGCAUGCAAAAUAACAGGGAGAAGUGAAAACAAAGCAUUUGUUGAUAACCUAGGAAGGAAUCUGCAGUGCUCGCGUGGCUAACAGUAUUAGUUGCUUUGUUGUUGUGUCACUUGGGUUAGUUUACAGUGCUUGAUCUCGUUGACAUUUGAUCUCUUGUGCAUGUGUAUGACAUCCGUGGCUUUCUAAGAAAAGCUUUGGGGGAAUCUGCCACUGAGUUGCUGACUUUUUUUUUUUUUUUUUUUAAGGUUGUUUGAAAAUAGUAGUUUUAAGAUCACAGCAUCUGUGCACAGGGCUCCCUUCCAAAGGCCCCACCAGAGAGGGUAGCUUGGGCUUUUUUGCCAAAUCUACUUGAUCAUUUUUUGCCUUUUGAUUGCUUAAAAUACAGAUAAACACACUGGAAGAUUUUCCCAAAGCUGAAACCUGAUUGCAGCAGUGCCACAGGAUGAAGGAUUGUUUUGAACAGCGCUGCAGCCGCAGGAAAAUAUUCUCUGUCUUCUGGUAAAGAGAGAGUUGGAAAAGAGAACCAGAUGCAUCAGAUGAGCUGGAAG